CAGUAAUCCUUCAAUCACAAAAAAGCUUAAUGUUGAGGAUACUUAGCAUUAAUAAGAAUACUUAGCAUUGAUAAGAAUACUUAAUAUGGAGUCAUGUAGAGGAAGUCCAAGCACGCGUCCGAAAUCUGCCGGCUUACCAAUAUACACAAGCAAAUGCGAACAACUUAUACUAGUUUAUUUUAUUCAUUGGAAAGGCAAUAGAAACGAAGCCUUAAAAGCUAUUUAUAUACGAUGAGACCAAUGAAAAGCGUUUGUAAAUUUCGACACUCUUUUUGGCAGGAACUAUUUUGUUUUGUAAUUUAGUGUUUCUUCAGGUUUAAUCGUGUAAUAGUGGUGGCUUAUUAACCAUUUAGCAUCUGUCCAAGUGCAUAUGUAAGAGAAAAUUAAAAAAAAAAGCUGCUGAACCUGGCUUUUACAAAGGUAAUAUAAGAAAGCUCACUGUGGUUUGAGUAAAUAAGUACCAUUUCACGGAGCUAUUAUUUCAUCCCAGUUCAUCUCAUUUCGUUUAAAAUCUAUAUCGAGUUCAGUCUCAAAUAGAUCAACUUCAUUUCAUUUCACUGCAUAAACAAUUCCUCAUGAUUCAGCGAAGCACUGCUCUUGCCAUAGCAGAUAUUAGUAAACCGUUUUAGGUUGCUCCCUGGAACCACUGUCCUAACGUGCUGGCUCUAGAUUUUACGAUGGUAUAUAUUACACUACUAUUCGAACAUUCGAUUUUCUAAAUUAGUAGUAGUAUCCUUGACAAAAACCUCGUUUUGUUGAAGAUCUUCUUGUAACUGUACUAAAGAAUAAAAUAUUCAAGUUUAAACACGAGCAUUGUAGGCAGUAUUUUUCACUGUUUUAAUUAGCCAGUAAUUUAAUUAUUGUUUUUAGGGAAAAUUAUUAUCAUUCCUUGUAGAUCAGGCCACUAAUAAACCAAAUACGCUGUUUGACCAUAGAGUUUAGUUUUCGAAAAUUUGAAUUGAAUUUAGAACGCCCUCUCGCGCAUGUCGAGUGCAAUUUUGUUGAAAGAAGCCUGUGAAAGAAUCCUCUGGAAAGUAGGCAUCGAAUCUCCGGUUAUCAAAAUCUUAACGUGAGAAUUUGUUCAUUUAUCGAAGCAAAAACAAACCCAAGACAAGAUGUGUGAUCGCAAAGCAGUCAUAAAGAAUGCUGACAUGAGCGAAGAGAUGCAGCAAGAUGCUGUUGACUGUGCAACUCAAGCGCUCGAGAAAUUUAACAUUGAAAAGGACAUAGCUGCAUUCAUCAAGAAAGAAUUUGACAAGAAAUACAAUCCUACCUGGCAUUGCAUCGUGGGUCGUAAUUUUGGCUCGUAUGUGACACACGAGACUCGCCACUUCAUCUACUUCUACCUGGGACAGGUGGCUAUACUGCUCUUUAAGAGCGGUUAGACCAUUUAGCAUCACUUCUAUUUUUUUGUUAGCAGCGGACGCAGUAUUAUCAGAUGGAUAGCCUUUGCAGAUUCUCAUGCGAGGCUCGGGCUGUGGUACAUUCCCAUAGGUAGCUAGCAGCCAGAGUGUGGCAGGAGGAGGCAAGGCUAGUGCUGGUGUGAACGGUUCUCGAGUGAGUGCGAGAGUGGGUGCACAGUUUUCACUUACACUGUUUAUUUAAUCGGAAAUUCACAAUGCUGGACAUUAACUGCGUCUUACCUCUUCACUUAGUCCCAGGCGCAUGCGGUGUAUGUUUGUACUGUGUUAGCUAUAACUUAAGGAACUUUUGACUUGUAAACAUUCACUUCACCUAGUGUAUUUAUAUUAAAGGAAAUUUUAGUUAAUUAUUACCCUAGACUUAUUACCCUAGUAUAGUGUAAAAGUCAUAAUUAUGUUAGUACCUAACAAAAUUUAUUGUUUUAAUUUGUUUGUUAUUACAUUCACUGGAGAUAUUUUUCAAAUACUUCUAUGAUUAAUUAAACUUUCUAUAAACAA